GACUGAUGUGGUCACAGUGCGUAAAUGCGCCUCCAGCAGCGCGGAGCUCCGGCGGACAGCAGCGACACGACCCACCGCAGCAGGCUGGGAACCGACACCUCAGGGCGGAAGAGAAAGCAGCGCUCCAGGGGGAAGACAGUAUCGAGGGGGGACGUCUGUGACGCGGCAGAGACCAUGGUCGGCGAGCGCCGCAGUGGGAACCUGCUGGUCCAGCUGGGUCCGCGGCUGCAGGCGUACCCGGAGGAGCUGAUCCGGCAGCGCCGCAACCACGACGGCCAAACAGAGUACCUGAUCCGCUGGUGCCUCGUCACCAUCGACGACGGCUCCGGCUUGGGGGGCGUCGGCAGCGAGGCGGGCGGGACAGGCGGCGGCGGCUCCGGGGUGGACGGCUCCGGCGGCUCCACGUCUGGAGAGAGCAAACCGGAGAACAUCCUGAUGUGGAUGUCGACGGAGGACGUGUACGCCAACUGCCCCACGCUGCUGGGGAAGAGGAAGACGGACUCGCAGCGCCCGCUGCAGCAGGAGGCGCAGCGGGGCGAGGCGGCGGACGGAGGGCAGAGGAGCGGCGCCGAGUUCCCCGCGGACGUCACGUUUGACGAGGUGGAACUGUCGGACAUGAAGGAGGACGUGAAGAACCUGGUGCGGCGAGCCAGGAAGCAGAUGGCCAAGAAGAGCGACUUCUCCAUCAGCAUCACGCACACCAUCCACGUGCUGAGCGCCUACGCCGGCAUCGGCUCGCUGGUCGGCGUCUUCAAGGAGACGGGCGCCCUCAACCUGCUGAUGGAGCUGCUGUGCAACAAGGAGACGCAGACCAGACGCAGCGCCGGCAAGAUGCUGCGGGCGCUCGCCUCGCACGACGCAG